AUAUAUAUACAAAUAUAUAAUUAUAAAUAUCCCCUAAAAUAUAAGCUAAUUAUAAUUCGGUUGUACGUAUAAUUGAUCAAGAUUAAUAAGAAAAACUUUGGGAAAUAUUUAUGAUGAUCGGACCGUCGUCGGGAACGAGUGGCGGGAUGCCAAAUCGAGAGACAACCGAAUCGUCGGUUGUGAGAGCCAAAAGAAAGUUCUUCGACGAUUUGGACCUGGAUCAUUUUUGCGACGACAGCUGCCAAAGCUGUAAUAAACGUUAUCAUUUAACCGAACUGUCUUCGAACGGCAUUCAGGGUAUUUACGGGGGUUCUUCGUCGACAAUUUCAAGCGAAAAAUCAGUAUCCCCGUCCGUAACAUACGUGCCGAACGCAGGUAUCUCACCGAUGUCGUCAGAAGAAAUUUCUAGCUCCGGUUCGAUGGCGAGACUUGAGGUUUUGGUGGUCGACGGUAACUGGGACGAAUCGAGUAUGAGCACAAACUUGACAAGUUUGUCCAGCCACCAUUCAAACGUUAUAAAUUCGUCCGUUCUCUCCGACAUCCAAUCACUGCAGGAUAAUUACGGGACGAUGCCUAAUUGGAACACGGUGAACGCACCAAGUGCGAACAACGUUAAUCAGACGCCCGAAGUAUUCGUACCCCAGAAUAUGCAGCCUGCCGAGGAUCAGGAAAAUGGGAAUUUGUCCUGGCUACUGGAUUUUAAACUCGACUCACUGAUCGAGGUACCAGAAGAAAAAUUAUCGGAUCUUGGCUCGCGAGAGAAUGAAAAUGGUGUGUCGAACGUCUGCAGCAAUAGAUUUACGGCGAACAAGAUGAGCACCGGAUCGCCGUCGUCGUCGGGUUCGGUGUCUAGCUUCGUGCACGAGAUCAGAAGACCCUACACUCACGCCGGGCUUUCCUCCGGGUCCGGAAAUUUGCACGGACAUGUACAAAAUGAAACAAAAUCAUCGUCGCCCAACAAUUACAACGCGGUAAAUGAAGCUCGAAAUUUGGGAACGGGUCGUUAUGGUGGUCCGAAGAAACCGCCUUUUACCUACACCGAACUGAUAGAGCACGCAUUACAAGAACGGGGAGAACUGACGGUCUCUGCGAUCUAUCAAUGGAUUUCAGAACAUUUCCCUUACUACAAAAGCAACGAUGAUCGUUGGAAGAAUUCUGUGCGGCACAAUUUAUCGAUAAAUCCUCAUUUCCGUAAAGGGUCGAAAGCACCUCACGGAGCCGGCCACCUCUGGGCAAUAGCUAAUCGAGGAGAGACAAGACCUCGACAAAUAACACCGACGAGUGGCGGUACUUUGACGCGGCAAUUCGUAGCGAAAAACGAGCAAGACAAUAGUUAUCGAAAAAGCAGCAAUAAUUUACGGUCUCAGCUGAUCAAUCAGGUUGUUACAAUGGACGAGAUUGCGGCUGCGACAGCAAGUAUUCAGCAACCCGAAGAAACUAGCGAAGUAAUUAACACUGUCACUCUGGAGCAUUGCGCUGAGCAAAUACUUAGCGGGAUAAAAAGGGAAGUUGAGGUGCAAUACCUUGUGCCUAUGGUUAUACCGAAUAACGGGGAACACAAUCCUAUUCAACAAAAUCAGCAGAAUGGUCAAUUGGAGCAACACUAUCACCUCAAAGAAACAGACUUUUUAAACCCGGUAUCGAAAGAAGUGGUGGCAGAAGAGUGUGGGCUAAUUGGCGAGGGUUAUCUGGUAACGGACUUGAAUCCAACAACUCUAGGGCUGAAUAUGGUGGAAUCAGAAACCAUUACGCCAGAGAAUCUUUUCGGUGAAGAACUGAGCUUCCAGUUUUACGAAUUAACAUCGCCGUCACAGCUGCAGUCAGCCUGACACACAGAGAAGGGAAAAAUCCGUAUAAUUUUUCUGGAAGAAUCGUGGAUCCAGGACGUUCAAAUGGUGGAUAACUUUGAUACUGGUUUGUCCUUGAAACAAGGGGAUCUCUCGGUAACUCCAAAUUCUGAACUCAAGGAUUUAACUGCCUGCACAGACAUAGCGGAUAAUCAAAACACAAUGUGCAUUUUAAACAAUAAGAGCUGAUCGUCAAGUAUCCUCAAUUCACUUUACUUUACCUCUGGCGCAAACAACGGUCUGUUAUUUAUUUAAAUAUUUAAUAUCAUAGCUGAUUUGUAAAGUAUGUUAAUCAGCUUAUUUCCAUUCUCAUUCGUAGCCAAACCAAUGCGUCGUACAGUGCCUGGAUGUGUCUUGAAACAUAAUUUAUUAUUAAAUAUUACUAUGAUGGUUUCUCCUAGUCCCUACAAAAAACUGUGUGUAAUGUUUUUGUAUUA